AUGCUCCGCGCCAUUUUCUUGGCCUCUUUGGCCAUGAUCUCCUCGGGUUACCCCUGGGCUGUUUCACCCCAGAAUGAUAUUGAGAUUAGCGUCAGACAUCUCAAUGAGGCACGCCGGGCAGCAGGACUCCAUGAUCUCACCUGGGAUGCAUCUCUUGCACAAUCUGCUCAAUCUUGGGCCGAUAAACUUGCUGAAGGAGAAGUCCCACACGGUUACUCGUUAGCUCAGUAUCCAGUAUCAGGAGAAGCCAUAUAUGAGGAAGAAACAGCGACAGAUUGCGUGGGACAAUCGUUCGAAGCUACUCUACAAAGCGCGGUGGGUAAUUGGCUUCACAAAUGGGAAGCGGAGCCUGGCGAAGAAACCAAAACCAACCACGAUGCGUGCAUGGCGUCCAUUGCAGAAUACGUGGGGUGCGGCAAAGCGUUUAAUACUCACUCCGAUGAUGGAGAAAAAAAGUGCAAGUUUUACGACGUGUGCUUCUUUGGGCACGGUCUUCGAACACCACCAAAGCCGAAGACAUCUUGGGCCCAUCACUGGGGUCACCCUAUUUAUGUCCCAACACCUUUCAAGUUCACCCCCAUUGAGGGCUCAGAGGACUCAGAGGAAGAGGCCAAGCUUGAAUUCUCUGGUUCAGAAGACUAA